GCCGGAGAGAAGAAGUCGAGAAGAGGAGGAGCUGUCAAAGUUUGAGCGCGUCCGGGGAGCGGAAAGUCUCGCACGGAACCGUCGACUUGUACCUGAAGCGUUCUCCCAGCGUUGAGGUUAUUCGGAGCGAGAACCCGAGGCGGUCAUGGAGUGAAGCGGCGCGUCACGAUGGCGGCUCGGUUCCUGACGUGGAUCUGCCUGGGCUCCCUGCUCUGCCUGGGCUCCUGCCUGCCGGCGGAGAAGAAAGCUUGUCAAGGCAUCACCAAUCGAUUGAACCUUCUCGGCACCAAAGAUGACCACUACCAGAACAUGGUGAAGACCUACAGCAACUGCACCGUGGUGCUGGAGAACCUGGAGGUCACUUACAUGGAAGAGCAUCACGACCUGUCCUUCCUCCAGUCCAUCGAAGAGGUGGGUGGCUACGUCCUCAUCGCUCUGAACAUGGCGUCCAGGAUUCCUCUGGGAAACCUCCGGAUCAUCCGAGGCCACACCCUCUACGACGGAGAGUUUGCGCUGGCCGUCCUCUCAAACUCUGAGAAAAGCCGCGGCACCAGCGAGCUGGUCCUGAACAACCUCACCGAAAUUCUCAAAGGAGGAGUCAAAUUUCGGAACAACAACCUGCUGUGCAACGUGGAGACAAUUCAGUGGUACGACAUCGUGAACGGCGACAGCAGGCCGAAGAUGGAGCCCCCUCGGCGGAGUUUGAACCCACUAUGUAAGAAGUGUGACAGCAGCUGCUACAAUGGAUCCUGCUGGGCCCCCGGUCCCCAGAACUGUCAGAUAUUCACCAAGCUGACGUGUGCACAGCAGUGCUCCAAGAGGUGCAAAGGACCGUCGCCCAUCGACUGCUGCAACGAACACUGCGCGGCCGGCUGCACGGGACCGCGACCCACCGACUGUCUGGCAUGCCGAGACUUCCGGGACGACGGCGUGUGCAAGGACUCCUGCCCGGGCCUCAUGCUCUACGACCCCAACCUGCACCAGAUGGUCCGCAACCCUCACGGAAAGUACAGUUUCGGUGCCACCUGCGUCGCCAGCUGCCCACACAACUACGUGGUGACGGAUCCGGGCGCCUGUGUGAGGAGCUGCAGCGAUGGCACGUACGAGGUGGAAGAGGGCGGGGUCAGGAAGUGUGCCAAGUGUGACGGACUCUGCCCCAAAGUGUGUAAUGGACUUGGCACCGGCAACCUGACUCACAUCAUUUCAGUCAACGCCACCAACAUCGACUCCUUCAAGAACUGCACCAAAAUCAAUGGGAACAUCGCCUUCAUCCACACCUCCAUCCACGGGGAUCGUUUCACCAAAACGCCCAAGAUGGAUCCCACACAGCUGGAUGUGUUCAGGACGGUGAAAGAGAUCACUGGGUACCUGUGGAUCCAGACCUGGCCCGAGAGCAUGGCAUCACUCAGUCCUUUUGAGAACCUGGAGAUCAUCCGCGGCCGGACCAGACGGGGCAGCCGCAGUUUGGUCGUGACGAAGCUUGGCAUCACCCACUUGGGUCUUCGCUCGCUCAAAGAAAUCAGCGAUGGAGAUGUCUACAUCCACGACAACAACAACCUCUGCUACACCAACAAGUCGCACUGGUACAAGCUUUUCAAGUCCUCGUCUCAGAGCCCGACCAGCGAUGCCGACGCCAAUGCUGCCAAAUGUGCGGAGAGAGGCAACACGUGCGACAGGAAGUGCACCCCAGACGGCUGCUGGGGCCCCGGUGCCGACAUGUGCUUCGCCUGCCGAGAUUACAGCCGGCACGGGAGUUGCGUGGACUCCUGCAACAUCCUGGAAGGCGAGCCGCGGGAGACGGUGAUGAAUAAUACCUGCGUGGAGUGUCACCCCGAGUGUCAGCGGCUGAACGGGACGGCCACCUGCAGCGCUCCCGGCUCUGGAAACUGUACCAAGUGUGCCAACUUCAGAGACGGGCUCUUCUGUGUGUCCUGCUGCCCUCAAGGCGUCCCCGGGGAGGACGACACGCUGGUGUGGAAGUACGCCGACGCCAGGAAAGUCUGUCAGCUCUGCCACAAGAACUGCACUCAGGGGUGUGUGGGUCACGGUCUGGAAGGCUGCCAGGGCAAAAGGACCGCUGGUGUUCCAAUGAUCGCGGCGGGACUGGUCGGCGGUCUGCUGGCUCUGCUGGUGGCCGGCUUGUCGGUCUUCGUUCUGCUGCGGCGACGACACAUCAAGAGGAAGAGAACGCUGCGGAGACUUCUCCAGGAGAAAGAGUUGGUUCAACCUCUGACCCCGAGUGGAGAAGCUCCCAACCAGGCUCUGCUGCGGAUCCUGAAGGAGCCCGAGUUCAAGAAGAUUAAGGUUCUGGGAUCAGGCGCUUUUGGAACGGUUUAUAAGGGUUUGUGGGUCCCGGAGGGAGAAGACGUGAAGAUCCCAGUGGCCAUCAAGGUCCUACGAGAAGCUACGUCUCCCAAAGCUAACAAAGACAUCCUGGAUGAGGCCUACGUGAUGGCCAGCGUGGAGCAUCCGCACGUCUGCCGCCUGCUGGGAAUCUGCCUGACCUCCACCGUCCAGCUGGUCACCCAGCUCAUGCCGUUCGGCUGCCUCCUGGACUACGUGAAGGAGCACAAGGACAACAUCGGCUCGCAGCCGCUGCUCAACUGGUGUGUGCAGAUCGCCAAGGGAAUGAGCUACCUGGAGGAGCGCCACUUGGUGCACCGUGACUUGGCCGCUCGGAACGUCCUGGUCAAAACCCCUUACCACGUCAAGAUCACCGACUUUGGUCUGGCAAAGCUGCUGAAUUCUGAUGAGAAGGAGUACCACGCUGAUGGCGGGAAGGUGCCAAUCAAAUGGAUGGCUCUUGAAUCCAUCCUGAACAGGACCUACACGCACCAGAGUGACGUGUGGAGCUACGGCGUCACUGUCUGGGAGCUGAUGACGUUCGGGACCAAACCCUACGACGGAAUUCCGGCCAGUGAAAUCGCCGGCGUGCUGGAGAAGGGAGAGCGCCUGCCUCAGCCGCCCAUCUGCACCAUCGACGUCUACAUGAUCAUGGUCAAGUGCUGGAUGAUCGACGCCGACAGUCGGCCGCGCUUCAGAGAGCUGAUAGCAGAGUUCAGUAAGAUGGCCCGGGACCCGUCGCGAUACCUGGUCAUUCAGGGCGACGACCACAUGCAGCUGCAGAGUCCCGUCAAUCCCAGGUUCUACCGCAGCCUCAUCAGCGGCGAGGAGAUGGAGGACGCCGUGGACGCGGACGAGUACCUGCUGCCGCAGCACGGCUUCUUCUCCAGCCCCAGCACGUCGCAAACGCCGCUGCUGCACUCCACCAGCUUCAACAGCAGCAGCGGAACAUGUCACAGCAGAAACGGCUUGUUGAAUGGCUUCCCGAGCCGGGACGGCAGCAUUGUUCUGCGCUACAUCCCUGAUCCCACUGUCAAACUUCUGGAUGACGCCUUUCAGCCUGCUCCAGACUACAUGAACCAGAGUGCAGCCUCCGACAUGAGCAACCCCAUCUACCAGCACCCGGGGCCGGCCCGCACCCUCCUGCCCACCAUCUCGUCCGACGACGCCGAGUCCGAGUACCUGAACUGUUUCAAGCAGGAGCCUAUCGGACCCGAGUACCUCAACGAGGCGGCGCUGCCCUCCGUCAUCCCCUGUCACGCCAACGGGAAGCUGCACCACUCUGAGAAAUACUGGCCCCAGCACAGCAUAGACAACCCCGACUACCAGCAGGACUUCAUGCCCACCUUCAAGACCCACACCAACGGCCACAUCCCGGCAGCAGAGAAUGCAGAGUACCUGGGCCCAGCCUGAGACUUGACGCCUCCAGACGUGAACGUGUGGAACGAAAGGGCAUUUUUGCAAGGUACCAUGGUGAAACCUCAGGUGACGCUUUUCUUCCGCUGCCUGCGUCCAGUUACGUUGGACCUGACCCAGUCCUCCUCAGAACAAGGCUCUCGGACUCACAGACACGAAGCCCUGGCACCUUCAGGACGAUGAGGAGGCCCAUGUACAGAAUGUAGUCCGUUGAAAGGGAAUCCUGUGAAACUCAUACUGUUCCAGCAGGGGCUCACUAACUAUGCAACCCUCCGAUCCUGGUCCUAUUUACCUUCCUAUACUCCACAGCAGCACUUUUGUAGCAUGAACGUUUUUUUUUUAUAUCCAGAAGUCAACGUCCCAGAGUCUGUAUCAGAGUUCUCCCGCUGGUCUUGUGAUUGGUCCUUUUAUUUAUCAUUUAUCAUCCGUGACAAAUCUGACCUGCUUAGUUCGAACGCAAGUAAUACACAUUCCAGAGGUGUUUCCACUGUCAUGAUUGUGUUUUUGUAACUGUGUCGUAGUAAAGUGUGUACUUUGUGUCUGCGUCUGAAGAGUUUGUGUCACAGUCCCCUGCGCCUCUGUAAUGCCAAGGUCACCGGGUUCACUGUUCACCACAGAGGAGGACAGAUCACAGACCACUCACACUCGAGGACACUCAACACUCUAGACUCACUCCUGUUCUUCUACUUUAUUUAUCUUUAAAUCUUGAUUUCAGCAACAGAUUGUCCUCUCAUGAGGAAGUCAAGAUGCUUGCUCUGAAGGUGAAUGAUAGACUCAGAAGGAAGGCUGUUCCUGAUUGUGAUGAGGAAGUUGCUGUGUAGUUGUGGUUACACAAGCUAAUGCAGUGAAGACGACACUCUUCCAUGACUGUUGCUGUGAAGUCCGCUGCCUGAUGGACCCAUCAGUUGCCCUCACGUUCCUCUGCCCAUCACCGACCUCCUUCAGCAGCCGGGUGCUGGCGACCGGAGCGGCCGAAAUGUGAGGUGGUGUGAGGCCAACCAAACUCCAGGAUCAUCUGGGAUGAUGUUGGUGAUGGUGUCGGGAUCUCCUGAAGCCAGAACAAUAAAGCCUUCAUGUCAGCGACUGGUCUGAACAUUAAAGGUUCACAACAUCUGCACCUCAAAUCACACUGGCAUUUUUACUGGUACAAAAGUGGCCUGGCUCCACUUUGAAGUGAGGCUGCUUUUAUGCUGCAAGUGUCGGCGCAGGAAGGACAACUGGAUGAUCCACUCAUCCCUGCGACCCUUUUAUCUUCCUCCAUGUUGAUCAUUACCUGCCUCUUCCUCUUCCCUUGUCCCACAGCUGAUGAAAAUUCACAUUAUUUGUUGUGAGUGCUGUCGUGAUAAAAGGCGCCUGAUUGGACAAAGAAGAGCCUUUUAUUUCACAUUAUUAGCAUUAAGUGUGUCAUCUCAGAUCAAAAGUGACGUGAGGGAGACCCAGGUGUGCAACUGAGGAGAACUCAGCCGCUGUUUUGGAGAAGCUGUUAAUGAAGCUAAUGAGUUGUUAAAACUCUCAGUCCUAUCGAUCCACCUCUUGACCCACAAUAAGUGGAUCAAAGCUGGACAAAGUCCGCUCCAUGGGCCUCAUCAGACCAGCGCUUGACCCCAGUCUCUUUUGCACCUGGAAAGUGGCUUGUGCUCUGACGAAUAAACUUUCCAAUGGACGUUUAAACACAAACCAUUAUUUUGUUGAUUAUAU